AGCGGCUCACAGUCCAAUUCCCCAGAGGCUGUGCAAGAGGCGGGUGCUGGGUGGCGGUCAGCAACAGGGCGGGGCUAGAAGCCCUGAGCUGAGCCGGGUAGAAGGCCCAGGACACAGAGGCGAGGCCGAUAGUGAAGUCCCCGGGCGCGCGAACCGGGAAUGGAAGCCGACUGACUCCUUUCACUUCCCGUAGCCGCCCACAAACACCCAGUUUCCGAACCAGGACGACAUCCUGCGGCUAGACAAACGUCCUUCUGCGUGGAGCACCAGGAACUCCAGUCCCGGGGGCAAGUGCUUCAGUUUCAAUCUGGGAAGCCUUUAAAUGAAAUUUACUUAAAGUCAUACAUCUUACAGGGAAGAGAGACUCCAGUCAACAGUAAGGUGGAAAAGAAUGAUGUUGGCUUUAAACAACUUACAAAAUGUCAUCUAUAACCCGGUAAUCCCCUAUGUUGGCACCAUUCCUGAGCAGUUGAAGCCUGGAACUUUGAUUGUAAUACGUGGGCAUGUUCCUGGUGAUGUGGACAGAUUCCAGGUAGACUUACAGUGUGGCAGCAGCGUGAAACCUCGAGCUGAUGUCGCCUUUCAUUUCAACCCACGUUUCAAAAGGACCAACUGCAUUGUUUGCAAUACUCUGAAAAAUGAAAAAUGGGGAAGGGAAGAGAACACCUAUGACAUGCCUUUUGAAAAAGAAAAAUCUUUUGAAAUAGUGACUAUGGUGCUGAAGGACAAAUUCCAGGUGGCGGUAAAUGGAAAACAUAUACUGCUCUAUGCCCACAGGAUUAGCCCAGAGAAAAUAGACACUCUGGGUAUUUAUGGCAAAGUGAACAUUCACUCAGUUGGUUUUAGCUUCAGCUUGGAUUUACAAGGUACACAAGGAUCUUCUCUAGAACCAACAGAGAUAAGUAGAGAAAAUGUGCAAAGGUCUGGCACCUCACAGCUUCCUAGUAAUAGAGGAGACAUUUCUAAAAUCGUACCCAGAACUGUCUACACCAAGAACAAAGAUUCGACUGUCAAUCACACUUUGACUUGCACCAAAAUACUACCUACCAACUGUCUUUCAAAGACUCUACCAUUUGUUGCAAGGCUGAACUCCUCAAUGGGUCCUGGACGAACUGUUGUCAUUAAAGGAGAAGUGAAUACAAAUGCCAAAGGGUUUAAUGUUGAUCUAAUAGCAGGAACAUCAAAGGAUAUUGCUCUGCACUUGAACCCACGCCUGAAUAUUAAAGCAUUUGUAAGAAAUUCUUUUCUUCAGGAUUCCUGGGGAGAAGAAGAGAAAAAUAUUACCUGUUUCCCAUUUAGUCCUGGGAUGUACUUUGAGAUGAUAAUUUAUUGUGAUGUUAAAGAAUUCAUGGUUGCAGUGAAUGGUGUCCACAGCCUGGAGUACAAACAUAGAUUUAAAAGGCUUAGCAAUAUCGACACACUGGAAAUUGAUGGAGAUAUCAACUUACUGGAAGUGAGGAGCUGGUAGUCAACAUAACUGCUACAGAAACUGAAAUACAAAACAGCUUCUAUAAUACUGGCCUUGUUAAAAUUCAUCUCACUGUCAUUGUAUUGUUUAUAUUGUUAAAAUGAGCGUGCAUGGUAUUAAGUCCUGCUGGGUGUUCUCAGUCCUCGCCAAGCAGUGUGGCUGUCUAGCAAAGAAUGAGGACAUCUGGGGUCACAGCAACAUAAAGCCAUUAAGGCCACUCUGCUCUUUCCCACCUUGGGCUCCUUUUUUUUAAACCUCCACUUUACAUUCAACAUUUAUUAGGUGCCUACGAUAAUAUAGGAGCUAACACGCAUUGAGCACUUAUUGUCUGUCUGUCAGCUCUGUGCUAGAAGCUGAGGAUCUAUAUACACACAUAAUGAUGGAGGAGACCAGUAUAUUCCCUGUUCCCUUGAGCUUAGAAUCUUCUGUGUUCUACCAAUGUGCAACUUUUUCUACAGGAGUUGUUUAAACUCACCAGGGGUCCUUUAGAGAUAAAAUAUAGUUACUCACCUAUUAAAUAACCUAGACACUAUUUAAAGAAGACAUUAUACCUUCCCCAUUGAGCACUUUCAUCAUUUAUAAUCAAAAGAGUUGAUGAUGACUUACAUCUGGCAUUUAAUUUUCUUUAGUAUAGUAAAAAUCUAGCCUUCCUGGUCAUAAACUUUACCAAAUACUUAGCAUAAUGAAAUCUGAACACAGCACAAAGAUUAAGGCAAAACACAAACAAAAAAGUGAUUUUGAAAUUACAUUGAUGUUUAACUCAAGGCAGCUGAUUUCUGUACCAAUAAAUUCUUAUUUCAGAAGAUUUGAACUUAGGAGUGAGUCAAAGGUCUGAACACAUUCAGACAGAAAUUUUAAGGUAGAGGUCGUAAGAAUUCAGAUUUUAAAAUGUUUAUAGGUAACAAAAAAGCAAUGUCAAGAGUAGACUUAAAGAAUGUUUAUAAAAUAGGCACUCAGAAAGUAAAAUAUACCACCUGAGAAACCAAAUGAAGUAGGUGGAGAAAGGUGAUAUAAAAGUCUGUUGCCUGCUCGCAUGCAAACCAACACUUGCCUCUUUAGCUCUUCUAAAGAUCAGGCCAUCCAUCAUCAUUAGCAACUGAGAUCAAAACACUGUUCUACUCUAAAUGAUUAAAAUGCAACCUGUAUCAGCAAGUUAAAUUACAUUUCUGCAAUUUUUUUUAUUAUUCUUUGAAGUGAGUUGGCAGAAAUUCUACAUAGAAUCCUUACAGGUCAGAUCUUGUUACAAGAAAUUUCAAAGGUUUGUGAGUGGGGAGCAACAAGAAGCUAGAUCAGUCAAAUCAUUUUAUCAUUAAAUUGCUGGGCUGAAUUCUGCCAGGAUUUAGGAAUAUUUUAUAACAGAUUUGGUUUAGAUAUUAUUUGCAUCCAUAUAUUUAAAAGUAUUUUAAUCAACCUACUUAUUUUUAAAAACACUCAAAGUGUUUUUAAAGUAGACUAUCAUGUUAAAAGACAUUUUU